CCAUGGUGCGAGACCCGACUUCCGCCUGUCCCGGAAGUGCCUAUCGGAGAGUUACAGCUACGGGAAGUGGGAGCAACCAGGGAGGGCUAUGGCGGCGGUGGCGGAGGAGGAGGAGGUCGAUGAGUUACUCGGGGAGAGGCUGCUAUUCCUCCCGGAUCGACAUGUGCGUUAUUUCCAGCGCAGCCUGCAGGCCCUCCCCGAGCAAUGCUGCACGCUGGAGACUAGCAGGUUAACAAUUGCAUUUUUUGCACUGUCUGGUCUGGACAUGUUGGACUCAUUGCAUGUUGUGAACAAAACUGAAAUAAUUGAAUGGAUUUAUUCUCUCCAAGUCCUUCCUACUGAAGAUAAGACAAAUCUAGAUCGAUGUGGAUUUCGGGGUUCCUCGUGUUUGGGGUUACCGUUCAAUCCAUCUAUGGGCCAUGGAGUUUACCAUCCGUAUGACAGUGGACACAUAGCAAUGACGUACACAGCGCUGUCUAGUUUGCUGAUAUUGGGAGACGACUUGAGCCGUGUUAAUAAGGAAGCAUGCCUUGCAGGGCUGCGAGCUCUCCAGCUUCUCGACGGAAGUUUCUGCGCCGUACCCGAAGGAAGUGAGAAUGACAUGAGGUUCGUGUACUGCGCUUCCUGCAUUUGUUACAUGCUCAAUGAUUGGUCAGGAAUGGAUAUGGAAAAGGCGAUAGACUACAUCAGAAGAAGUAUGUCGUAUGAGAAUGCACUGGGUCAAGGAGCUGGGUUAGAAGCACACGGUGGAUCCACUUUUUGUGGAAUUGCUUCUCUUUGUCUGAUGGGAAAGCUGGACGAUGUCUUUACUGAGAGAGAAUUAAAUAGAAUGAAAAGGUGGUGCAUUCUAAGGCAACUAAAUGGCUACCAUGGGCGACCAAAUAAACCAGUUGACACCUGUUAUUCCUUUUGGGUGGGAGCAACUUUAACGCUCUUAAACAUCUUCAAGUAUACACAUUUUGAGAGGAACAGAAAUUUUAUCUUGUCAACCCAAGACCGCCUUGUUGGGGGUUUUGCUAAAUGGCCAGAUAGCCAUCCAGAUGCUCUGCAUGCAUACUUUGGGAUCUGUGGCCUUUCUUUGAUGGGGGAGUCUGGCAUUAAUGAAGUACACCCAGCCCUGAAUGUUAGCUUAACAACAUAUAAACGUCUCCAGCAGCUCCAUGACACAUGGAAAGCCAAGGACUAUGUUAAGAGUUCAAAUCAUCUGCACCUUAGCACUUGACUGACUCUCAUCAUCACAUUAGGUUGGAGGAUGGAUGGAGACCGCACUACUAAGCCAUGUAAUUACAAAGUGUGCUUUCAUUGCUGGAGUCAUUCGAACAAAGUGGUUUUUGUUUUUUUUGUUUUUUUGCUCGGUAGCACUGUAAUGUACAACAGCUAGUUCUCCAGUAGCUCAAUAAAAACAUAUUUUAUGAAGCUUAUUUAAAACUGCUGACUGAUUAAUAAAAUAUUUUUUAUAUACAUCUUGGAAACCUUGCUGGAAGUAUUAUAAUGUUUUUGUUUGUUUUGAUCCGUAAUAAUGCAAAAACAAAGAAAUAAAAAUAUUCAGCAGCACAUAUGUCAAAUACAAGUAUAAUGUCUGUCAAGCUGAGUAUUAUUAGGGGUAUAUUUUUGUAUGCAAAAAAACUGAACCACAGUAAUGCAUCCUGAGAAAAUAAAUGUAUUAAUGAAGUAUUUUAUUGGCUUGUAUAGCGUGGUCAGUACACGUCUUCAGAGAUGGAGUGCAAAUGUGCUGGGAGGUUUUUAAUAUGAGCUCUUUACCUUUUUAAAGUAUUUGACUUAAUUUAUGAGGGUGUGAAUCGUUGGGUCGACAGUGACUAGGUUGAUGGUCAUUAGGUCGUCCACUAUCGGUCGACACUUGAAAUAGGUCGACUUGAGAAGGUCGACAUGAGGUUGUUUUUUUAAACAAAAAAAAACGCUUGUUUUCUUCGUAUAGUGACUGGGAACCCCAAUUAGUGCACGUGUCCCCUCGCAUUCGGGCAAGGUUACUAUUCCCAGUCGUAGUUCACUUGGAUCGUAAAGUAUGAAAAAGUCUUAAAAAAUUAUAAUUUUUUUAAAACCUCAUGUCGACAUUUUCCAUGUCAACCUAGUGACCAUGUCGACCAAUAGUGGUUAACCUAAUGACUGUCGACCUAAAGAUAGGAUACCAUUUAUGAGUAGGAAACACAUUCUACUUGAGUUUUACUUAAUCUAAUUCAAUUAGGCUGAAUGAAAAACAUAACUGUUAUAUUGUAAUACAUUUUUUAACGCUCCAUCAGUCAUGUUUUUUGUUGUGUUUUUGUUUUACUGUUUUUUUUCUUUUUCCUAAGCAACUAAGGGGGGAAUAUAUCAUCAAACCUUCUAAAGAGCGAAGAAGUUGCCCAUAGCAACCAACUGGCUUAAUUGCUAACUAGAAGCUUAUUGGUUGCUAUGAGCGACAUCCACUCUACCACUCUGUGGGUUUUUUUUUAUUUUUACAAAGUGCUGUGUUGUAAAACCCGGCGCCUCUGAUCAGGUUUAUGCCCCGAUAUUUAAAAGGGCAAUGCUUUUACUAGCAAGACACCGCCCUUUUAAAUAUCGGAAAUAAACACAAUCGGAAGCGCCAGGUUUUACCACCCAAUGCAUCGUAAAUAAACCCCUUUGAUACUUCCCCCUGCGCCUUGCAGCCUAGAUCCUCCAUAAUUGAAUAAUAGAAUAGUUUUUAUAGUAUGACGCAGAUAAUUAUGUCUAGCUUCCUUGCACAUUAUUGCCAAGUAAUGACCACAGAAUGUGUGCAACUCACUGUAAUGUUACAGGACUAUUACUUAACCAAUAUAAACUUAGUCUGUGAAUUUAUACAGUUUUUUACAAUAAAAUAAUUGUACAUGUGG